AUGUCGACCAACGGAACUCCAUCAGAGAAGCACGCGAUCAUUGGAAACGAUGACAAUUUCUGGCUGUAUUCUUCAAAGACCGGAUUCGAUCUCACGCAUCCGCCGAAACCAGACUCACCUCCGGUACAGUCUAGCGUCACUUUGGAGACCACUUCAGUGCCAAUCACCAUCGAUCCGUCCAAGUCGGCAUUGAUCGUAAUAGACAUGCAGAACUUCUUUCUCAGCGCCGCUCUGGGGAGAGCCAGAGGAGCUGGUCACGAGGCCAUGGAUCAAUUGAUGGAGAAUGCGAUUCCUGCGUGUCGAAAGGCUGGAAUCAGAGUGGUGUGGGUCAACUGGGGAUUGACGGAGAAGGAAAUUGUUGAAAUGCCGCCUGCCAUCAAGAAAGCUUUCGGCUUCAAAGCUUCUGACGAGGCAAACCCACAUUUGUUUCACGGGAAACAUGGAGGUGUUGGCACCAAAAUCAAGUCUGGCCAUCCUGAAUACCAUGGAGGAGCGAAAGUCCAGGAAGAUGGCGAGCAUGGUCGCAUUUACACCGGCGUAGGAAGCGACAUGGGGACGGUGAAGGAUCCAGAGACCGGGGAGGAGAUUAGUGCUGGAAAAAUGUUGAUGCGAGACCAAUGGAACGCUGGCCUCUGUCCACCACUUGACAAAAUGUUUGAAGAAGGGACGAGGCUCAGCCACAGGCCUGAUGUUUGGGUGCACAAAAACAGAAUGUCCGGCAUGUGGGGUCCUCAAACAGAGCUGGAGAGGUUCCUUCAAGACGAAGGAAUCAGGACGCUACUUUUCACUGGCGUUAACACAGAUCAAUGCGUUGGUGGAACUUACCAGGACUGUUUCUCGAAGGGCUAUGAUUGCGUACUGCUGAGCGAUGGCUGCGGCACGACCAGCCCGCCGUUCUCCCAGCAAUGUAUUGAAUGGAACUCCGCAAACACCUGGUAAGUGAUACCAUCAUUCGACAUGUGUCUUGAAUAAUUUGCUGAUUUUCAGCGGCGUUAAGGGGCUUCGCUGCAACGUGCAAACACCUGGCUGA